GGCAACUCUACUUUGUUCUUUCAGUCCAAAGAUUUUGUAUUCACCACCUUCCGAUCCUCGGUUUCUGUCAGUGCUGAAUGAGUGCAUAAACCAGAUCUGGGACUUGUUUUUUAGGAAACAGUGCAUCAUCUGACAUCGAGCACAAAUGGUUUUAAAACGUAAGGGGGACGACGCGGAGGAAAUGACGUCUCGGGAACGGAAGAGACUCAAAGUUGCAGGUGCUCGGACAAUUGCAGUUCAGCCGUCUGUGUCAACUAGUGGUAGUGGGGCUGUUCAAUCUUCAGGAAACGCGCUCGCAGGACCGUCAAGUACUACCGUUCGAUUUGACUCUAUGCAGGGAUUACCCGCAUCAAUCGAUGUGGAAAGGUUUACAGAGGCUCGAGCGUAUGAGAUCGAUGCCAUGCAGAAAGCGAUCAAGACAGCAGGGGAAAGUGUGACUCAUCGCGUAUGGCAGACUCUGCCCCGCCAUCUACGACGAAGAGCCGCUAGCCACGACGUUCGCCGUGUUCCCUUACGUUUACGAGAGAAAGCACGCGCCGAGAUGGUUCCUGUCACCCGGCGUAUACUUAAGCGUGGACGCUCCAAGCGGGGGAAAACGAAGCAAGUGAGCCGCACCGAAUCCCUCUUGAAGCGACAACGCGACAAGACUUGGCUUGAGACUCAUAUUUGGCACGCCAAGCGGAUGAAGAUGGAAAACAUGUGGGGGUAUAGACUCGCAGUAACACCGACCGAGAAAUCAUUCCGUCCCUCACAUCGAGCCUCUAUGCAUGGCUCAAUCCUGCAUGAUUCGUCGUACCACUCACUGAUAGAACUCAAGGGGCCUGAAAACAUCCUUCGAAGUGUGCUGGAUUUUUGUUGUGAUCCCCAGUGCACUGGAAUGAAGCGGUCCAUGUCCGGUGCUCGUGUGCUCGAGACGGACUUAUACAAACCAGGAAGCUACCCCUUUGAUUUGAUCGCACCAGUCACGAUCAUGUGGCGGCCAUUACCUGUUGGGAACAUUUCGGCACCGACGAACGCGUCCCCAGCGGAAGGCUCUAAACGCAGGCGCAAAGGAAAGAAAAAGGUACUGGCUGACACGGCUCAACAGAGUCCCGCGAGAACAGUCUGGGUGCGUUCGCACCCUGCAGUGUUCGACGACAUCUUUGCAGCGUUACAGGGAUCUGCUUCGUUGGUCCUUGACGCUGAAAAACAGCGACACAAAGAUGUGCAUGCAGAAGUAGAGAUAGCCGAUCUGCGAGGCAGCGUCAAUACUUUCGAAAUCAUGGGGCCCAAAUCAAGUCAGGUCAUCAAGGGCGCCUUGUCUUCAGUUCUAGAUGAUGACAGGCGAGAAUUCAAAAAGUUCUGGCCGUCACUGACUGAUCUCCAAAUUACCGCGUCCUUACCGCGCGGAAUAGUCAUCGGGAUGAAAGUCGUUGACCCACGACUGAAGUUUCCACCUAAGAACGCCAAAGUCAGAACGGAUGGUCAACACCUCGCCGCCCCGGUAAUGACGUUCCCCGCAGCCAUUCUUGCUCAAAGCGAAAUCUGGGACGAAGAGAACCGUUCAGUACUCAAAAAACCUACAUACAAGAAGAAAGAUCUUGAUGCGCGCCGCUCCAAGAAUCUUGUUCCAGGCACGCCUCUUAAACCCAUUCGCCAGGACGAUCGUAUCCCACUGUUGCUCAUACAACGCUCGCUCGAAUCGCCUAACAGCACUCAUGGCAUCCACGGUUGGACGCUUGUUUUCCCCGCUGGGUGGGGCAUGCCUUUCCUCCCCUCACUAAUACACACUGGCACACGCGUUGGCGGGCAGCGAGAGCGAGGCACGCAAGCCUUCGAGGCAGGCACUGCGUAUUUUCCGAGAGAUUUUCCUUGCACGGGGUUCUACGAAAAGUAUUGGGACGAGCUUGCCGUUAAGGAAAAAGCGAAGUGGACCAGGACGCCACCAGCGAAGAGGGCCAAUUAUAAGAAGCUUGGUACCCGUAGCCCAUGGCGAGCGGAUUGGGAAGUUGUACUUGGGCUCCCGGUGGCGUCUAACGUAGAUGAGAACCUGGUGCCGGCACAAAGAGAGCCUCAGGAUGCAAUGGAGGUUGACAAAGCACCCACCGUUCGCCCAUGGGUGCUCCGUGGUCCCGAAGUGCCGACUAUCCUCGAAAAAGCAACACAAACGCUCAAUCAUGGCGUAGGUCUCCUUGCAGAGAUCAACAGGCUUCGGACGAAACGUGGUAUGGAUGUACUCGAUCCAAGUUAUCGGCCCGAGGAUCUCCUGAAAGGGGCACUGGUCAUGGUCCGUCUGAAGAUGGUCAGUCGAGGCGCCCCGAACGACCUUGCCAUUAUCUACCGCGUGGAUGACGUCGAAGCCAAGAAGAUCAUCCAACAGAAUGGCAAGACGCAUGCAGAUGCAAAUGAGCCCCCCGAGGUUGUUCCGCCCCACACGUCUAUCAUUGGGUAUGUAACUACUGGCAACAUGUCAUUGUCCCGCGGAGAAGGUUUCGCCAUCGGCGCUGUCCCAGUGUCAGUGCAGUUAGAAUUGCAACAACAAGCGCGGAGGAAUGGAGAAUCUCGUCCACUGGUCAAAAUUCGCGAUCGUGCUGGGAUGGUUUGCCGGGCUGCAUAUCUUGAUUUACUUGACUCAUGAUUAGUACUUUGUUACAUGGGUUUCGCCAUUUGCAUUCUGCAUAUCAAGUGAAGGCAAUGCAUCAUACCAUGUAGGGCUUGCGAACUGGAGACUCCAUUGGGUAUCAAUAAUAUUCAUCAUUCCAUUC